CAUGGUUAUCGUCUUAGGCUAACACGUUCUCGAUAAGAGGUUCUCGAUGAGAGUGACCAUGCACUGCAUGCUCUAGGGGAGUGAUGUUAGCGCAAGCCCAAGCUGACUGCUUUCUCCUGUGUUUCCCCUAGUAAGACCACGUUCACUACGAAAAGAUCCGUUAGAAGCCAUCAUGGAGGCGUUGUCUUAUAUCGCGUACACGCUCGCCGUGGCGGUGGUCUUGGCGUUCGGCCUGAGCGCGUGCGCGUACGCGGCGUAUCGCGAGAUGCUGCAGGGAGGUCCCGACUCGCCCGAUUUCUUCCUCACUGCGCGCCGAUCCGUCAAGACCUUCAUGGUCGCAUGGUCCUUCUUUGCCUCGGCCAUGGGUUCCUGGGCUCUCUUCGGCCCGCCCAGCUACUGCCUCACUGCGGGGGCUACGGGCACACUCGUCUACUCGCUGUUUUCCGGGCUGCCCGUGCUGCUCGUGGCGUGGCUGGGCAGCGUGGUGCACCGUUUGGUGCCCGACGUGGUGUCCAUGGCAGACUAUGUGCGCCGGCGAUUCGGCCUCCUGUUUUCGCUCUACAUCUCGCUGCUCAUGGUGCUCAACAUGGCCAUCGCCAUGACAGCCGAGUACACCGCUGUGGGCGACCUCUUUCAGCACGUGCUGGGCGCGCCCAGAGUGCCCAUUGUACUCCUUCUAGGCGCCACCGCCAUGCUCUAUACCGCAGCAGGGGGGCUGUAUGUCUCGAUUGUCACCGACCAGUGGCAGGCCCUAGCCAGUAUUAUCUUCACGGCGCUCCUCACAACUCUCGUGCUCGCCACCUUUCCAUCGCCCCUCCCUCCGCUGUCGCCCAACCUGGGCUGGUCCAAUCCCCUCGGCCUCGCAUCGCUUGUCUUCAUGCCGGUCUCUCUUUUGGCAACCACUCUAUUCAAUGAAGCCAUGUGGCAACGCUGCUGGGCCUCAGCAAGCCCCUCGUCGUUGCUGUGGGGUGCGGCAUUGGGGUCAGCAGCUAUCACUGCUGUGGUAUCAUUGCUCGGAUUUGCAGGCCUCCUAGCAGCAUGGAGCGGCGUCUAUCAACCAUCCGGCCCGGACGACAGCGGCAACACCAUCCUCUUCUCGCUCUUCCGCCACCAAAAGUGGGCGCUCGUUACAGUCACGCUGCUCUCAGUCACGAUGAGCGAGUCUGCGGUGGACUCCCUGCAGAACGCCAUGGUGGACACCAUCGCCUCCGACAUAGCGGGCGUCCUCGCAGCGCUCAGGUGCAGAGAGAGGAGGAGUCGCUUGCGAGGCAAGGGUGGGGGGGUGGCGCUGUACCGUCUGUGCAGCCCAAGGGGGUGCGCUGUGCUGACUCUGCUCUCUCGCAGUCAGAGGUACCAGGGAGCCUGAAAGCAGGGAGUGAAUCAGCAGAGCCCUCACCUCCUGUUGCUGUCACCACCAUCCCACCAUCACCAGACUCUGCUAUUCCAGAACCUGACUCCACCCCUCCCCACCACCCGUCUGGCCUCAGCAUCUCGUCCAUUCGAGCCCUCGUUCUCAUCCUCAAUGUACCGCCGCUGCUCGCCUCGCUACAAGGCUUCAACGUCCUACAGCUCUUCCUCCUUAUAAACCUCAUCAAUACCACAUCCUUUCUCCCACUGCUCCUCGGCAUUCUACAGGGUCCCCUCUCCCAUGUCUGUGUCACCCCCUCAUCGUCUGUAGCUGGGUGUUGCUCCGGCCUGCUCUCGCUUGUUGUGUGGGCUAAGACGCAGCAGAUUCCUGGGGAAAGCUAUGUUGAUGCACUGUCCAGGACGUUUCUAGACGCUUAUGAUUAUCCACCCUUUUUGCUUGCUUUAGGGUUCUCUGCCGUUGGGAUGACUGUCGGUGCUGGUGUAGAAGCGGUGGUUAGGUACUGCUGGAGAAUAGAAUACUCUCCUUAUGUCCUGGAUUACGGCAAAGGGAGAGACUUAGAAGAAUCUAGGAACUUGUUAGGCUAGAAAAACGCUGGUGGGGAAAGAGGAAUUCUCUCCCAGCCAGCUAUUUUCUUUCUGAGAAAUACGACCAGCCAAUUCAGCCAAACAUUGGCCAAACGCACUUGUUGA